AAAUUUUAUGAUGCCGCCAGAUGCAAAUAAAAUUGAAAUAUUAAUUCGUAUGAUUUUUAUUAAAUAAAUUGUUAGCUCUACAAUCUACGUACUUUCAUUUCAUGAAUGCCUAUUUUUAAUAAAGGUAGAAUAUAUGUAUCAUGGGUAAGCAGCACUGCAAACCACUUCACCAGAAAAAUAAAUGCAUUGGGCCUCGAACAAAACGGAAUCCUAAAGAGGGUAAGAUGGUCAGAGUCGAUGAGCAUGGCUUUGACGAGUUCUGUGAUUAUUUUACUGAUAAAAGUAUGUUAGUCAGACUGUUGCAGUUUCACCUAAGAGGAAACCAAGGAGAUCAACAGUUAUCGCCAAUGGCAAUGCAUCAAUUCCUUCGUUCACAAUCCACGACGCUGCUGCAACUGUCAACAGAAAAAGUAGCAUUUUCUUCAGAAGCAAUCGAACUGCUGCAAAUUCAGUUGUUCCUUAUGAAAACAAUGUGAUGAAUGAAGAUGCUGAUUCUCAACAGGAAAAUGCUGCACCACCGCCAUUAGAGCAGAUGACAAUAAGAAGAAACUCCCCAAGAAACUCUGAUGUAGUCGACGCUGUUGAUCAUUUAUCUCCAAUUUUACCUGCUUCGCAACUCAACAAUCAAAUAACUUCUACACCUUUCAUAAGAAGAAAAAGUUCAUCAAGCAGAGGACUUACUGUAACUUUUAAAGAUGACAGCAGAUCAACCGUAACUUCUCAAGAUAAUAUUAACACUUUUCAGCAACUGUCAUCAGACAAACCAGAAACAACUGCAACUCGAGUUCAAAAUCAGGGUGGUGGUGAUGGUAAUGAUGCUGAUCAACCUCGAGUCGUCCUCUUCCGAGACGAUUACACUUCACAGCAACAAUCUCACCAAAAAGCUCCCUCCGACCGACAGUGCUCCAGUGAUGGACCACAUGCUCUAUCGUCUGCUGCACAUCAGUCUCAAAGUCACCAGCAUACACCAGGAAAUAUGCAACAUUUGUCUUCAUCAAACAAAUCAACCCGAGACCCACUGGUUGAGACAAUUCCCAAACUUGUCAGAUCACAUACCGUCACAUCACAACCAAAACGAGCAGCAAACCCUAGAAAGAAGAAUGUGUCUUCUGAUAACGGCUUUCAUUAACUUUUGUUUUUUAGAGGAAAACGCAGUAGCAAGUCCAUUGGAAGCACCAAUAUUAAGUCCUAAUGUUGCAGUUCAGCCAGAAGAAGCAAACGUGGCCGCAGGCCUGAGAAGAUCGAAGAGAAACAAAGUUGCUACGUUAGAUUGGUACAAAGGCGAGAGGGUUCGAUACAAGUGGACCCCCGAAGGUUUUGAAGUUGAUAGCAUCAUACCACCAGUGUUCAAGACACCCAAACCGACCGCCAGAAGGACGGUUAGAAAAUUAACAAAGCAAACUAAUAAACGAGGAAAGAAUAAAAUGAAACUUGUCGUUGGAAACGAUCAGUCAGAUUUAUCAGCCCAUGUUCCUAUAGAUGCUAAUGAUAACUCUUUCGUGUCCUCAUCUGUCAUAGAUGUCUUUGAUCUAAAGUCGCAUCGUAUCGUUCCUCGUGAAUGCGUUAUGAAAUAUUGUAAAUCUGCACUGAGAAACUGCCAAACGAAAGAGCCUGCUAAUGAAGACGAUCCGUUGGUCAUGUUGAGGGGUCUGUCAACAGAUGUUUUCUGUGCUGGCAUACUUGAGAUCAGACCACUGCAAGAGAAGAGCAUGCAGCUCGUUAAAUCAGAUUUAAUGAUUUUUAAUGUGUCAUUUGGCAAGUUAGAGGUCACAGUUUGUGAAACGAAAUUGUUUUCAAGUUCUGGCGACUUUUUUUAUGUGCCACCAGGAAACAAGUACAGCCUAAGAAACCUACGAAAUGAGACAGCUCGACUUUCAUUUGUGAAUAUCAAGAAUUUUCUAAAUAUUUACUCUGUUCCAUUUUGAUUUUACAAAUAUAUUGAAUUGAUAUAAUUUGAUAUAAUUAAGAACAUUUUUUGCUUAAAA